AUGAGUGCAAACGAUCUAGGACAUAUCCAAAAACUUGAUAGAAAUCAAAUUGAAACUCUUAAAAGUUUUUGGAGAAUUGUUGGAGAUAAUAUUCGUGGUUCGGAAAAUAAAAUCAAUACUAUUUAUGAAGAAGAACUAUUUCUAGCUAUUGCUUAUGAUAAUCCAGAUGCAGUUUUACUUCGAUGGCUUCGGGCUAGAAAAUGGGAUAUUAAAGCUGCUUUACAACAAUUAAUGGAUACAAUUAAAUGGAGACAUGAAUGGGGUGUUAAAGAACUUUUAACGAAAGGUGAAACUGAUCUUUGUUAUGAUGAAAUCAUAACAGGUAAAACUUAUUUUAUGGGUCAUGAUAGAGAUGGUCGUCCAAUAAAUUAUGUUUCUGCUAAAGAACAUAUAAAAGAUCAAUUUCCAUCUGAAGCAACUGAAAAAUUAACAGUUUUUUCAAUGGAAACAGGUAGAAAAUUACUUCAACCACCAAAUGAAUCUGUGACAGUUAUUUUUGAUUUGCAUGGUUUUGGAUUAAAAAAUAUGGAUUAUCAACAUUUAAAAUUUCUUACUCAUCUUCUUCAAAAUCAUUAUCCAGAAUCAUUUGCACUUGGACUUGUUGUGAAUGCACCUUGGAUAUUUAAUGGAUGUUGGUAUGUUAUUAAACGAUGGUUAGAUCCUGUUGUUGAAAGUAAAAUUCAUUUUAUAAGUCAUAUUAGUGAUUUGACUCGAUACAUCGAUCCAUCAUGCUUACCUAAACGAUUAAAUGGUACUCAACAAGAUUUUAAUUAUAUUCCACCUACCGAACAAGAUUUAGAUAUGAUAUCUACUUUUCGAAAUGAUAAACAAGGAAAAAUAAAAGCAGAAGAAACACAUCGAGAAGCUGUACACAAUUAUCUUAAUAUAACUUAUCAAUGGGCUUAUGGAGAUGAAACAAAUAAUACAUUAGAAAAAAGAAAAAUAGCUGAAAACAGAUUAAGAGAUGCAUUUGAACAACUUGUUCCAUAUAUUCAUACAAGAACUCAUUAUCAUCGUACUGGAGCGAUUAAUGAACCAAUAUUUGAUAUUGCCUAUCGAACAAUUAAGAACAAUAUGCAAAAAUAA